AUGCCCAACAUUAGAGUUUUGCGCGAUAUCAAGGCCCGGGAGCUUGUGCGCGCAAAUGAGGUGGCCCGCAGAGCCUACCUCUAUGUCGCCAGAAACCAGGCGCUUCCCCCUCAAGUUCGCCACCAAGCCCAGCUGCAGCUGAACACUUUCGGGCGAUACACGCGACCGACAACGGUGAAAAAUCGCUGUCACGAAACUGGGAGGGGCCGGGGCAUCAUGUCGGAAUUUGGCUUGUGCAGAUUCCAAUUUCGCUUGAAGGCUCUCAAGGGCGAGCUGCCGGGCGUACAGAAGGCUUCGUGGUAG